AUGGGUGAAGUGGAGUCCUACAAGGUGAUCCUGAAUGGGCCCGCACCCUGGGGCUUCCGGCUGCAGGGAGGGAAGGAUUUCAGCAUGCCGCUCUCCAUCUCCAGGCUGACUCCAGGCGGGAAGGCGGCCCAGGCUGGUGUGGGAGUGGGCGACUGGGUGCUGAGCAUCGACGGGGAGCUCACCAGCCCCAUGACGCACAUCGAGGCCCAGAACAGGAUCCGCGCCUGUGGGGACAGGCUCUGCCUCACCCUGAGCAGAAUCCCGAACGCCGUGGGGAAGCAGCAGAAGGACUCACUCCCCUGCUCUGAGCCCCCGAAAUAUAACUUCGCUCCCAGCACCGCCCUCAACAAAACAGCUCGGCCCUUUGGGGCCAGCUCGCCUCCGAACCCGCCGCCCGGGCUGGUGACGAAACCCGUGACCCCCCCGGGCCUCCUGCCCUGUGACCCCAGCAAAUUGAGGCUGAUAGAGGACACGGAGGACUGGCGGCCCCGCACCGGGACCUCGCAGUCCCGCACCUUCCGCCUCCUGGCCCGCCUCACGGGCACCGACGGCAUGGACGAUGAUGAUGAUGAGCUUGUUAACAAGUCCAGCCAGGUCUCCAUGCCGGACUCGUCCUCGGGAGCAGUGAUGAAGACGGAGCCGGCACUGGCCCCCAGGACCCCCACGGCCACCCCCGGCCCCGCCAGCCGCCCGCCCUGGGCCGUGGACCCCACGUUCGCCGAGCGCUACGCCCCGGACAAGACGAGCACGGUGCUGAGCAAGCACAGCCAGCCGGCCACGCCGACGCCCAUGCAGAACCGCAGCUCCAUCGUGCAGGCGGCGCAGCAGGCGCCCGAGGGCCCCGGCCGCACGCCGCUCUGCUACAAGUGCAACAAGGUCAUCAGGGGACGCUACCUGGUGGCCCUGGGACACUAUUACCACCCGGAGGAGUUCAUCUGCUGCCAGUGCAGGAAGGUGCUGGACGAGGGCGGCUUCUUUGAGGAAAAGGGCACCAUCUUCUGCCCCAAGUGCUACGACUCGCGCUACGCGCCCAGCUGUGCCAAGUGCAAGAAGAAGAUCACCGGGGAGGUCAUGCACGCGCUGAAGAUGACCUGGCACGUGCAGUGCUUCACCUGCGCCGCCUGCAAGACGCCCAUCCGCAACCGGGCCUUCUACAUGGAGGAGGGACAGCCCUACUGCGAGAGAGACUAUGAGAAGAUGUUUGGCACCAAGUGCCGCGGCUGCGACUUCAAGAUCGACGCUGGGGACCGGUUCCUGGAGGCGCUGGGCUUCAGCUGGCACGACACCUGCUUYGUGUGCGCGAUCUGCCAGACCAACCUGGAAGGGAAGACGUUCUACUCCAAGAAGGACAAGCCGCUGUGCAAGAGCCACGCGUUCUCCCACGUGUGAGGGCGGCCGUCCCGCCGUGCCCACGCGUGCCCCUGGCCCUGCAUGCUCCUCUCCCCUGCCCUGCCCCAGGGAGCCGGGCUGCAAACUCGCCCUUUCCCAUCRCUCCUGCCUCUUUCCUGGAAGCUCCCGGCGCUGCUCUGGCCCGGGUGCAGUGCAGGGCCCUGAGCCCCUUGCUUGUUGUGCACCGCCCUGGUGACCCCAGGAACCGGGGAAUGGGAACAGCACUCGGGGUUGGUGCAGCCGUGCGGGUGCCGGAGCA